AGUAAUAAGUAAUAAGCAAUGAAGGAGUUAUAAGAAGUAACAUAAGUUCCCGCUUCUUUUUUUCUCUUCUCUUCUCUUCUCUGCACCAAAGAUUCUUCAGAAAGAAGCAAAAUGCGAAGCUGCAUCAGCUUGUGGAUCGUUGUGGCACUCGUGGUCCCUGUGCUCCUCUCUCUCAGAAGCCCGCGAGGGGAAACCCAAACCACUCUUUCUUUCUCCGAUUCUUCUUCUUCCUUCUCCGUCAACCUUGCCAACUCUUUCCCCUUCAACCAGCGAAUCCGUGACGGCUCCAAUCUUCAAUACGAUUUCUACAGGGACACGUGUCCCCAAGCCGAGACCAUCGUGCGUUCCGCGCUCACAAGAAUCUACUUCGACCACAGGGACGUUGCGCCGGCUCUGCUGCGUCUCUUCUUCCACGAUUGCUUCAUCCAGGGAUGUGAUGCUUCGUUGUUGUUGGAUGAGAACAAUGGUGAUAGGAACCGUUCCGUGGAGAAGCAGGCUGUGCCUAAUCAGACGUUGAGAGGUUUUGACAAAAUUGACUUGAUUAAGAGUGAGGUGGAGCAAGCAUGUCCUGGGGUUGUGUCUUGUGCUGACAUAAUUGCUCUUGCGGCAAGGGAUUCCGUUCUUCUGGCUGGUGGACCUUUCUAUCCAGUUUUAACAGGAAGAAGGGAUAGCCAUCAGUCAUUUUAUGAGGAAGCAACUGAUCAGAUUCCCAGACCUGAUGAUAAUGUUACACGCACACUGCAUCUCUUCAAUCUGAGAGGAUUCAAUGCAAGGGAGACAGUGAGCCUUCUUGGAGGACACAACAUUGGGAAAAUUGGUUGUGAUUUUAUUCAGCAAAGGCUGUACAAUUUUCAAGGCACAGGACAGGCAGAUCCCAGCAUACCCCUUGAUUUCCUUGGUCAGAUGAGGCAAAACUGCCCAGACAGCAGGAACAUGAGCAGCAGCAGCAGCAGUGAAGAUGAGUUUGUGACCUCAAAGCCAGUGGACAGUGAUCAUUUUGCUCACUCCAAGAUGGGGAUUUCAUACAUGCAAGCACUCUCAUCUUCAGUCUCAUCAGGAGCAGCAUUUGACACUCACUACUAUCAGAGCCUGUUGAGAGGAAGAGGACUCCUUUUUGCUGAUCAGCAACUCAUGGCUGCAGAGAAAACUGCAAGAUUGGUCUCUGCUUAUGCCUCAGAUGAUGGAUCAACCUUUCGCAUGGAUUUUGCAAGGGUCAUGUUGAAAAUGUCCAAUCUUGAUGUUCUCACUGGACAACAAGGUCAGGUUCGUCUCAAUUGCUCCCUUCCUGUGACUUCUUGAGUGAUGAAUGAGUAUAUACAUUUGAGGCCACGUUGUAUAAAAUGUUUAGCCUGUGGAAAUGUUCUUUUAUUUCCUACUAUACAAAAAUAGAAAAAGAAAUCCCUACUAUCAUAGGUUCAUCUCGAUGUAACAAGCAUCUCUGUUGCAUGAAUAGUUACAGCACAUCAAAUAUAUAUAAAAUUGCGAGGUGCAACU